UGUUCCUGCUUCUCCCAUCAUUGCUUGUUCACUGCCGGUACAAUACUCGCUCUUAUCUAUCAAUUCUUCAAGCAUCACUUCCCAAACCGCGGAGACACAAUAUACCUUUUUCCCGUUGUUCAAUACCGGCUUGGACGUCAAUACGCCAUGUUGAUUCCAAAUAGCCGCAGUGACACCACUGCGAGCACUGUGCUCCAGCAGAUCCCUGGGCCACAGCGGAUUUUGAAGGCGUUCACAGGCUCUCUCGGCAUCUCGUCCCUCUCUGAUCCAGGAUCAGGCUCGACACCCGGAUCGGAGAUUGCUGAACCGAAUACCUAUCAGCAAUGUCCCAAUGCAGAGCUGAGCUGUCAGUCCAAGUACCAAGGCCAAAACACCUGCUGUUUUAAUUAUCCCGGGGGCCAGUUCCUGCAAACGCAAUUUUGGGAUGCCGAUCCUGCGGUUGGGCCGGACGAUUCCUGGACGAUCCACGGACUCUGGCCGGACCACUGCAACGGUGGCUUUGAUCAGUUUUGCGACUCCAAAAGAAGAUACAGUAAUAUCUCGUUGAUAUUGGUCGACGCCGGACGCGGUGACCUACUCGAUGAGAUGCGCGAGUUUUGGAAAGACUACAAAGGCGACGAUCCGAACUUGUGGGAACACGAGUGGAACAAACAUGGCACUUGUGUCAGCACUCUCGAGACCCAUUGCUAUUCCGACUACUUCCCGCAGCAGGAGGUGGUCGAUUACUUUGACAAGACCGUAGAACUCUUCCACGGUUUGCCUUCGUAUAAGACCCUGGCUGAUGCUGGCAUCACCCCCUCGCACACGAAAACAUACACUCGGGACGAAAUCGAAGACGCCCUGUCACAGGCGCAUGGCGCCGAGGUCACAGUGCGCUGCCGGAACCACAACCUCAACGAACUCUGGUACUACUUCAACGUCGCGGGUUCCUUACAGACGGGAAAGUUCGUCUCAUCCAAGCCAGACGGCCAAACAUCGAACUGCCCCCGCACAGGCAUCCGCUACCAGCCCAAAACACCCGCAAAGCACCCCGAGCCCACCAAACCAGGAAACCCAACAAAGCCGGCCCCAACGGGGACUCCCUUCUCCGGAAAAGGGUACCUCGCCGUCUCAACCCUCGGCCAACGCCGCGGCUGUCUAAUCAGCCCGGGAGCAUGGUACACGUCAGGAACGUGCGCCACAUUCCGAACCAGAAAAUCAUCAGAAGACGCAUUUACCCUACACUCCAGCAAAGGCGACUGCGCCUUUGAAGAAGACACCUUCACAUGCGGAAGCCACAUCUCCACACCUAGCGAAUUCAGCGCCGACGGUGAGAAGCUCGCCUAUCGCGGGAACUCGACUUUCUUCGCCGAUAAGGCGCCCAAGGGCCCAGUGCGGAGUGAGAUCUUUGCAUCUGAGGAGGACCAUUCUCUCCAGUUGAGCAUCUCGUGGAGUCCUCGGUAGGGCAAUCUGCAUGUUUCAGGGUAUAUAGUAUAUCAAGGAUGAUAGAAUGGAGUCUGAUAGAGUUGAACUCCUCAAGCGAGAGUGCGUCCAAUGCAUUUGAUAGUAGAAGCACAAGAUUAGAUAGAAACCGAUCACAGUUCCAUAUUAUACCAUAUCAUACAUUACCAAACAUCAAGAGAA